AUGUUUUCUGAAAUGCUCUAUUCCUCGCUGAAAUUCUCAACUUUGUUCAAUUUCGUGAAAUCUAACUUGUUUUCUAUUGCAGUAGUUGCUCCAGAGAACAUGGCACGUCCUCAAGUCUUCUUCGACAUCACCAUCGGUGGCAAGGCGUCCGGCCGUAUUGUCAUGGAGCUUUACUCCGACAUUGUCCCUAAGACCGCCGAGAAUUUCCGUGCUCUGUGCACCGGCGAGAAGGGAAUGGGCAAAUCUGGCAAGCCGCUGCAUUACAAGGGAUGCAAGUUCCAUCGUAUCAUUCCCAACUUCAUGAUCCAAGGCGGUGACUUCACCCGUGGCAACGGAACUGGCGGCGAGUCGAUCUAUGGCGAGAAAUUCCCCGAUGAGAACUUCAAGGAGCGCCACGUUGGCCCAGGAGUUCUAUCUAUGGCGAACGCUGGUCCGAACACCAACGGCUCCCAGUUCUUCCUGUGUACGGUGAAGACUGAAUGGCUAGAUGGUAAGCAUGUAGUGUUUGGACGCGUCGUCGAGGGUAUGGAUGUUGUGAAGCUAGUUGAAAGUCACGGAUCACAGUCUGGAAAACCGUCCAAGGAUUGCGUUAUCGCCGACUGUGGACAGCUUUAG